AUGGAUUGGCUACACGUUUAUAUCGCCGGAGCGGCGUUUCUCAUCUUCGCCCUCGUGGGGCUAGUCAUCCUUGUCUCGUCCCAGCAAGUCAAGGUGGAUUUGAACCAAGGUGUAUUCACUUACCUCAAGUUCAUCUACGCGAGUUUUCUCAAGCCUCAUGACAAGAGCGCCGAGGGCCAACAAGGUGCUCUGGAGAGCUUCUACAAGACUCAGGCAAGCGUUUACGAUGCCACCCGCCAUCGCCUGCUUCGUGGCCGUGAGGAUAUGCUCGGCCUGGUAGCUGCACAGCUAAAGCACAAGGUGGGGAGCAAGGAGAUCAAGGCCGGAAAGGCAAUUUGGGUGGAUGUUGGUGGUGGCACUGGAUACAACAUUGAGGCCAUGUCGGCUUUCGUCCCAGUGGACAAGUUCUUCGAUCAGGUCUACUUAGUUGAUCUCUCACCCUCCCUCUGCGAAGUUGCCCGCCAGCGCUUUGAACGUCUUGGAUGGAAGAACGUGAGCGUUAUCUGCCAGGAUGCCCGAUCCUUUCGUCUCCCCGAGCGCCAUGUCGACCCCAAAUCCCCGGGCGGUGCCGCAACUGAUCGUGUGGAUUUGAUCACAAUGAGCUACAGCCUGUCUAUGAUCCCAGACUACUACAGUGUCGUCGAUUCGUUCACUUCGCGCCUCAAGUCGACCGGCCUGCUGGGUGUUUGCGACUUCUACGUUCAGAGCAUCGUCGAUGUAUCAUCCCGCAACUACACCGGUGGUGCCUUCAACCGCCACGUCAACUGGCUUGGUCGAGUGUUCUGGCGUGCCUGGUUCGACUUUGAUCGGGUCAGCUUGGAGGCUGCUCGACGUGACUACCUGGAAUACAAGUUUGGAACGGUCAUUUCGGCUAGUGACCGCAAUUACCUCCUGGGUGGUAUUCCUUACUACAUCUUCGUUGGCUGCCCCAAGGAAUUUGCUUCAACCCCGUCCGGCCAAAACACCAUCGAGAAGCUGGAUGCCUCCUUCACGGAGUCGCCUUAUCUGCUUCCCGCUAACCACCAGAAGGAGAUGGACAAAGCAGUCGAGAAAAGCUCGAACGAGAUCCGCUCGAAAGCCUACGAGUCGGCCGUGAUUAAUCUGAGUGCCAACCUGCCCCUUCCCUCGUCUUUCUACCAGAACCACCACUAUCGGAUUCACUAUAACGACAUGUUGCCUAAGCACACCCAAUUCCAGAAUGAAUACAUCUACGCCUUUACCUGGGAGGACCCGCGUGUCGACCACCGGCUUCUGAACAUCGGCUCCGACGACGUCAUCCUGGCUAUUACCAGUGCUGGUGACAACAUCCUGGACUACCUUCAGAAGAACCCUCGCCGUGUUCAUGCCGUGGACCUCAAUCCAAACCAGAACCACCUUCUUGAGCUGAAGGUGGCCAGUUAUACUGCACUGGGCCACCGGGAUAUGUGGAAGAUCUUUGGCGAGGGCAAGCACUCGGAGUUCCGUCAGCUGCUCAUUACCAAGUUGAGCCCCCAUCUGUCCAGCCAGGCCUUCCAGUACUGGCUUGAGCAUGCGCACGUAUUUACGUCGACUUCUGGCUAUGGUCUGUACGAGACUGGUGGCUCCCGCCACGCCAUCCGCAUGGUGCGUUACUUGUUCAACAUCUUCGGACUUCAGGGCGAGGUGCAGAAAAUGUGCGAGGCACAGACUAUUGAUGAGCAGCGGGAAAUCUGGCCCCGUAUCCGCCGAGUCCUUCUAAGCAAGCCUCUCAACUGGGCCAUCGUGAGCACCGAGUGGUUUGCCUGGAAGGCGGCCGGUGUCCCGCGCAACCAGCGCAACAUGAUUGUUGAUGACUUCUUCAUUCGCAACGGCCUGACUGCGGACAUGAAGAGAAGCAAGGAUAUCAGCGGCCAGUCAAUCUGGGAAUACGUGGUGAACACCUUGGACCCGGUGGUCAAGGAUACUCUUAUCAGCAACGACAACUACUUUUACUACCUGUGCAUGCAGGGCAAGUUCUCUCGACGAUGCCAUCCCUCUUAUCUGUCACCCCAAGCGCACGUCAAGCUCUCUACCCCCGGUGCUUUUGAUGGUCUUCGGAUUCACACCGACGAGAUCAACGAGGUGAUCAACCGCAUCAAGCCGGGCACAUUGACUAUUGCAGUGGUCAUGGACUCAAUGGACUGGUUCGACCCUACCGAGGAUGCCGCCUCAGAACAAGCCCGUCGACUCAACCAUGCCCUCAAGAAGGGCGGCCGCAUUCUUCUUCGCUCCGCAAGCAUCGAGCCUUGGUACAUCAAGCGCUUCGAAGAGAACGGCUUCACGGCACGUCGCGUGGGUGCCCGUUUCCCCGGGACUUGCAUUGACCGUGUUAAUAUGUACGCCUCAACCUGGAUAUGCACCAAGCAGGAAGACGUCGUCCGCUCGAAGAACGGACGAACAAUGUCCGUCUUGUCUCUCGGCGACAGCGCAAUCGAAUCGACCAAGCGGUCGAGCAGCGUUGAGGAUUUGAAGAUUUGA